UUUGGAAUGUCUCAGCAAGAUCAAAAUACGGCUGAUAAUGGCUAAGCCUUUUGCUUUAUGUCGCGUCAACAAUAGCUAGAUACUAUUCGCUCGAAUAUCACUGUGCCUCAUUCCCCUCCUUUCUUUCAACGUCACUUCGUAUUUAUUCCUCACGCAAGUCAACCGCGCUCCCUGCUGUUUUAAGCUGAUUGUGUUAACCAUUAACUGUUUUACAGCAACAAUACAGAGUCGAUACAAUAUCACCGUCGCAGUGUCGGGUGACGAGAGUCGUGUGGCCACAAUAUGGAGAAGUGUUUAAACUGUUUUCUUGUGGCAUUUGCUGCUUUUUUMCUUGUUUUUACGAAAGGUGUACACUCAGGGCGAGUUCCAAAAGCAGGGGUUUGCCCMAAUCUUCCACCACCAAGCCAUUGUAGCGAUAAGUACGACUUUUGCAGUACUGAUGCGGACUGCCGUCUCUCGAACUAUAAAUGCUGUUCUAAUGGAUGCAAGAAAAUAUGCGCUGUUGCUGUGCCAAACAGAAUAACCCUGAAAACGAACGAAACCGAUGUGCGAGUACGACKUGGUGACUGCCCACCCCUUCCAAUAAGGAAGUUCUGUUUUGAUCACGAAUCACAUUAUUGCUCCAACGACUUUGACUGCAAUGAGUACUACAAGUGCUGUUCCAACGGUUGUACCAGAAAAUGCGUCGUUUCAACAUCGAAAAUAGCUAUAGAGAGUGGUUCAAAGAAGACACUGCAAGCUACUUGUCCUCAYUUCCCAACGAAGAGCAGCAACUGUCCAGUCGACGUAUCGAACCAGUGCAGCGCCGAUAAUGAUUGCAGUGAUCAGGGAGACUCGUUCAAGUGUUGUUGGGAUGGAUGUCGAAAGAUUUGCCUCGAUCCCUCUGAAAUACAGCAGACAGAAGGGCGAGGUUCGUGCCCAGUAAUGCGCCGACAGACAACCUGCACUAGUUUCCAGCAUGAGUGCAUAGCUGAUAAAGAGUGCAGCGAAGGGAAAAAGUGUUGCUCAGAUGGUUGCACAAAGAAAUGCGUUAAUGCUAAAGAUUCUACUUCAGCCGUAAAGAAUGUAACUGCGACCCCUAAUAAAUUCCGUCUUGAUGAUAAGUGCCCAUUUGUGCCGAGGCCUUUUCGUUGCCCUGCAAGCUCUCUUCACCAGUGCUAUAGUAAUGACGAGUGUCCCAAACCUUUGAAGUGUUGCUCUGAUGGCUGCCGAAACAUAUGCCACGAUGUAACUAAAGAUACGUCUCUCUUGUUUUGCCCCAUUCCACUUCGCCCCGAGGUAUGCCCCUCAGAUGUCAAUGACACGUGCAAUUCCCUUGGGGACUGUGCCAGCGGUCAGAAAUGUUGCCACGAUGGAUGUAAUUUUAGAUGCUUUGGAAAAAGUGGAUUUCAGCCUGAAAAGCAAGAUCCACAUGCCAUUCCGUCUCUGCUUUCUGAAGCUGAAGUUGUAUUCGUCAUGGAUACCUCAGACGGUCCAAGAGGUUCCGAAUUUGAACUUCAAAAAUCAUUCGCUACAUCUCUGACUCGUUUCUUUGAUCUUGGGCCCAAUAAAGUUCAUGUUGCCAUUGUUUCAAGUGGACAURCUACAAAAGUAAUAAAACACUUGUCGCCUUACGUCACACACUCUGACUUUCAAAGCUAUAUGAAAMGCCUAAGCCAGCAAGGUCGYGGUCGUAACUUAGACAAAGUUUUUCAGACUGUUGAAGAAGACAUUUUAAGCUCAGGAAGAAGAAAUGUUCCACGUAUUGUGAUUAUCUUCUCGUUUGGACUUCCAUCUUCAAGUGUAUGGAAUCUUCUAACUGCUGUUCGAGGGCUUCACAGUCGAGGAGUAAUGGUGUUUACGAUUGGAAUUGAUGUGCAAGAGGAUGAGCCRCAACUCCGUGCACUUGUCAGUCGACCGCAGGACCUGUUCACCUUUCGAAAUKCUCGAGAAUUGGAAAAUGCCGGUGGUGUCUUUGCUAGUUAUAUURAAGGCCGUUCAGAGAAUGUUGUUCCUGAAUAUUUCGCUGCGGAUAUAAUCUUUCUUGUUGACUCUUCCAAUUCUGUUGGUCGUCAAAACCUCACAAAAGUCCAGAAAUUUAUUCUUUCCAUGGCAAGAGCUCUCAAUGUUGGUCCAAAGAAAAGUCGUGUUAGCAUUAUUACUUUCGGAGACGUCGUUGCGGAAAUAACAGCCAAUUUUGGCUCAUUGAGGUCCAUAAACAGCAUUGACGAUGCACUCGAAAAGAUGAUUUAUUUGGGAGGAGAUUCAAACAUUGGCAGAGCUCUAGAGAAAAUUCCAGAAAUUCUAGACAAAGCAAGAUCAGAUGUCAGAAAAGUUGCACUGAUGGUUACAGAUCGGCACCAUAUUAUGGAUGAUGUAAAUCUGAAGGAAGUAAUGCUACCGCUYUCUAAGAGRGRUCUUGAAAUGUAUGCUCUAGUAGUUGGAGGAGGUCAAGUGGGAGUGCGAAGAUUACAUGGCUUGGCGUCUAGACCUACGGACGUCUUUUCAGCUUAUAAUUAUGAUAUUUUGCAAAGUCGUGUUGCACCAAUUGCCAAGUAUAUUGUCAAUGGUCCCCCACCAACUACGGUAGGCCCAACCACUACAGCUCUACCAMCCACCACAACAUCAGCGCCCAYAACUGYUGARCUUCAAACCACAACAGAAGACGAGGUCACGAMUGAGGUUCCCACUACGRUUCCUACAACAAAUGUACCUACAUCAACUGAAARCCCUACUACAACAACCAYACCAGAUGAAACAACAACAAUUGAAGUCCCUACUACUCACUAUGUUGCCGCAGGAAAUAGACCUACCACUCCAAAGCGCUACAAUAAACCAGGUAUGUGCCCCUAUGUUUCUCGAUCUGACAUUUGUUUGUCAAUCCUGUGCUUCGAGGAUCUCGAAUGCCAAGGCAUACAAAAGUGCUGUUCUGGUUGCUGCGUUAAACCACAAGCCAGUGUUGCGAACGCACCAGCUAAAGGUCAACCGAAGCCAGGCAUYUGCCCAAUGGUUUCUCGUCUUGGUAUUCAGUGUCCAUCUACUGAUCAAUGUGGGGUCGACCAGGACUGCGCAGGCAACAAGAAAUGUUGCUCUCAUUACUGUAGAAGGAAAGUUUGCGUUGAACCUCCAUCCAAAGAAGAAGAAGAAAGAUUAAUGAGUCGUUUGCAUCGCCCUGGAAAAUGCCGCAAAUUAAAAAGACCCAUYGUUUGUCAGAAGAAGACGAAUGUUGAAUGCAACUAUGACGUUGAUUGUAUAAACCCAACUCACAAGUGUUGUAGUGAUGGCUGUCAUAGGCGAUGUGUGSACGCAGUAAGCCCAGGACCCGUCUUACCUGUUGACCCACCAAAACCUAAUCCAGUUAGACCAGGCAAUAUUUUAGGGCGUUGUCCACCAUACUCACCGGAUCGUAACUGCCCAAAACUCGUYCAGGACGACUGUACUUGUUCGUCAGACUGCGGCUCAGGAUACAAAUGUUGUUCUGAUGGAUGCAAAAGAAUUUGUAGAAGACCAGCAGGAAACGAGUGCACAGCUCAACUUGAUAUUGUGUAUCUAAUGGAYACAUCUGGCAGCAUCAGCUUGAGUGAUUAUGACCGGGAAAAACAGUUCGUAAAGGACCUGGCACGUAUAUUCCGAGUCGCUGAUGACGGUAGCCAAGCUGCAGUUACCAUCUAUAACGACGACCCCCACGAAGUGAUCAAACUCGGCGAUCAUUCGUCCCCAGAAGAAUUUUCGAAAGCAAUUGAUGACAUCAAAUACUUGCACGGGAGAACGAGAAUUGACAAAGCCCUGAAAUCAGCGCUAGAAACCUUCCAAGAUGCGAGACCCAAUAUUCGAAAAGUGUUAGUACUUCUGACUGACGGCCGUCAAACGCAAGAUCCUGACAGCGUUCCGCUAAAUCUUGCCAGUCAGCCUCUGAAAGAUAUGGGAGUCAAGAUCUAUGCGGUUGGUGUUGGCCAAAAGAUUGACAAAGAAGAACUUGAAAAUAUCACRGGGAACCCAGCUGACGUUUUCACGGUGGAUUCUUUUACUGCCUUGCUUGGUGAAUCCCAGACAAUUGCAGCCAAAGCUUGCGGCGAUGUUAUCGGAAAAAUCUGCAUCCGAGGGGUUGAUCUUGGCUUCAUUGUGGACUCAUCGGAAAGUAUUACAGAUGAUGAUUUUAUUAAGGAAAAAAAMGCUAUCAAAGCCAUAAGUGAUGAGUUUGUCAUAGCACCGAAAAGCACCCGCGUUGGUGUCGUGGUGUACAGUAACCAACCUCAAAUAAACAUUGACUUCGAUCAAUAUACAUCCAACUCGGACUUCAACCGUGCUGUGAAUACUCUUCCUCACUUGCAAAGUCAUACACGGCUAGACAUGGCGYUGCGUUAYGCUGCRAGUAAACUUUAUAAUAARCGCCGUCAAGCCAACCCUGCUAUUGCCAUAGUUAUGACAGAUGGUAAACAGACUCCUGGUGCAGAAUCCCUUUCUACUGCAGUAAAACCUUUGCGUGACCUUGGAGUACGUAUCUUUGCGGUAGCCGUUGGMCCAAGGGCUUCUCAGAAGGAAAUGAGGGAGAUAGUUCAGAGCUAUGAUGAUGUAUUUACUGUUGAUUCGUUCAGUCAGCUAAUUAAGGAAGCUAAAAAGAUUACAGAGAGGGCUUGUCCUGCUCCAAGUGAAACAAAACUUCCAAUUACUGAAUCGCCAACGACAGCAUUAACGACUCCAUCUGCAUCCCCAUCUCCAUCUCCAUCUCCAUCUCCAUCUGCAAAACCAGACACAUUAACAAACCCUUGCUCCUACUUCCUGGACAUAAUCUUUGUCUUGGACUCGUCAAGAAGCAUGGACGUACGACAAUAUGUAAAACAAAAGGAGUUCGUCAAAAAACUGGCAAGAAUUUUCAAUGUUGGGAAGGGCAGCCGGGCAGCAGCUAUCAUYUACAGUGAUGACCCUAUUUUGAGCAUCGACUUUGACUUGUUUAACACCCAGGAAGGCUUUCUUGAUGGAGUCGAUAAGCUGCCAUAUAUCAUGCAAAGAACACGUAUYGACAAAGCUCUCAAAAUGGCYUCUGAAGUUCUUAAGGAUUCAAGACCAGGUUUUCCCAAGGCUGUWAUCAUCAUGACAGAUGGUAGACAGACAAGAGAUCCAGACUACACACCAUUAGAUACAGCUGCAGCKCCACUUCAUCGAGAAGGAGCUCGAGUCUUAGUGGUUGGUAUUGGGCCAGCAAUCAGUGUCGAYGAACUGGGGAAAAUGGUCAAAAAUAAUAAAACUGACAUUUUUACUGUCAAGUCAUUUGAUGGCCUGGUGAACGCUACAAGUGAUGUUGCAAUUAAGUCUUGUCAAGCCCCUCCGAAAGUUCUGGAUUCCUGUCCGGAUACUUUUGAUCUUGCAUUUGUAAUGGAUUCAUCUGGCAGCAUGCAGAUCUCUAGUUAUAACAAAGAAAAGCGUUUUGUUAAAAAUAUCGCUGGUCGUUUCGCAGUCGGUCCAAAUAAGGUGGCACUUGGUCUCCUCACAUUCAGUGAUUGGCCUAGUACCCUUGUAGAAUUUGGAUCGUCGUCAAGUAUGUCUAUCGAUCUAUUUAAUGUGGCUGUAGACGGUGCAAAGUAUCUCGARGGACGAACUCGGAUUGACAGAGCUCUUAAGGCAGCCUCAGAUCUGUUCAAACUUGGACGCUCUAACGUUACCAAGGUAAUGGUGUUCUUGACAGACGGCAGACAGUCAUCCGAUCCUGGUUUCAUUCCUAUWGAAACCGCUAUGAAGUCAUUAAUUGAAGAAAACGUCCAAAUCAUCGUUGUUGGYAUUGGUAAAAAUAUCGAUACCAAACAGCUUUACACUUUAGCAAGUCAGAAAGGUCGAGAUGUCACUCAAGUUAGCUCGUUUGACGAUUUGGAGAAGUUGAAGAACUCYUUUGCGCAAACUAUAUGCCGUAAAAUUGAGGAAGUCAUUCAGAGUGGAUCAGCUUAGAAAGAAAUGAGAUGAAAACGUUUCGACAAUAAUUAUUUAGCUUAUUUACAAUUGUGGCAGAGCAGAAAAACUAAUUUCGUAUAGAGUAACCUUUAUAAGUAUAUAACAUCGACAUCUUACAUAGACCCCCCUGCUGUUAAGUUCAUUCACUGUAUAACAAAAAGGGACUUCGUKAAUAGAUAUGAAAAGCAUUUUUGUCUUUUCUUUCUUGCCUCGGUACUUUUUCUAACCCUGACUGGAGCCACGAACRGAAGAAAUCACAGAGAUGAAAGAAAAUGAGGCUAUAUAAUACGAAUUUUUGGAUAGCAACUCGGUCGUAGAAGUCACGUAGAAGUUCUGCAUUAGAAAAAUAAAUGAGAUAAUCAUUAUACUUAUGAAUAUAAGAAGGAAAUGUACUCACUACUCUGUGGUUUCUUUUUGAAACAACUUAUGUUAUCAUCCUGAUUCUCAAUCAAUUGAAUUKGAAAAUUUAGAACAAAUUUUAUAGUUUCCAGGACCAUAGCCAGGGGGCUGUACAGGUUGCACGGACAAWCCCCAAUGUAAGCAGAGGUUCACAAAGCAGAUGGUCGGUUGUACACCUCGCACUUUUUCAUGACCACCAAAGCAGUCCUCACAAGCCGUUUUUGCUUUUUCUCUGUAGACAUAGAUGAAGUUAUGCUUUUUUGCCCUAUAAAAAUUGCGAGGACUACAAUUCCCAURAUACUUUAUUGUACAAAAUGGCGCCGUCGCUGCACAUUGCACUAUUAAARUUUUAAAGGAAGGGCAUAUUUUUAGUGUUAUCUAUCUCUGGGYAUCUACAUCCUAUAAUCCCAAAAUAAUUUCGUGUGCUUCCGGCACAACAUACACUGAAUUAAAAUGCAACUUGAUUACAGCAGCUUUUGAAGAAUGUCACAAUAUUUGAGGGCAGUUUUCGUUUCUAUAGUUCUGUAAUAAAUAAAGUUACUGUCCUCUUUUCACAUACAUUUCUUUCUAAAUAUCAUGCAAUAAAAAAUGUAKUGCUAGUUUUCAGUCAACGCCAUGGCGACUAAUUAGUUGUUCGUUCAUAUGAAAGUGUCGGUCAAAGUAUGGAAUUGAUUURAAACCAGCAAUUUAUUUUUGUUUCAAAAUUGGAAAAAAUAAAUAAAUAAAUAAAUGAAUAAAAUUUAUAGUGAGCCAAUAGGAAUUAUAUACAUAUUACAUAUCUUGCAAUGCUGAUUAUUUUUCUACCGAGGGAUUAAUUGAUAAUCUUUAGAUCUUUGCUGCUCGACUUAGAAUGUAGAAUUUUUAUCAGCAACAGGAAGAUGGAGUUAAUUAUAUACAUAUAACUAGUUUUUCAAAAAUAUUAAAUAAAGUUUUGUUAAAAAAUC